AUGUUUUUCUACGGUGACUCCAAUUCCAGAAUGUUCUACGAUAGAGUCAAGUCAAAGAUGCAGUGCCAAGAAACUGUGUUUGCUGGAAAUGCAAAACGCAAACAAGACCGGAAAAUGUGCACAAACAAAACUCACAAUACAACAAUAUUGUUCGUUUCUCAUACAAGUCCGUACCACAUUGGUGAGGCAGACUUCGUUAGCACCUCCUUGCUAUACUCGCCCCAGCAACUGUUCGGCUCAGUUCCCUCAGAAGGUCAUUACAUAAUCACUUUCAGUCACUACCUUCACUUGACCUCCCAUCACAUCAGCGUCUACCAGAGGUACCUAAGAGCAAUGCGUGAUGAGAUCAUCAAGCUGUUGAAGCGAAAUCCACAUGUUCUGAUACUGUUCAGG